AUGAUCACUGGCCUAGCCCACGUCAACCUCCUCGUCCCCGCAGACUCGCUCGACCACGCCGAGGCCUUUUACGGGGGAACACUCGGCCUCACCUCCGCGCCAGUCCCGCAUUUACAGAAGGGUACCAUUCUCUGGUUCAACCUCGGCACCUCCGGCCAGCAAAUCCACGUUGCGCCGGGCGUCAACGAGACCAUGACCUCCGAUCGGCAUCCGUGCUUUAAGUUGGAAUCGCUGGAGAAGUUGUUGGAGUUGCAGCGGCGGAUAUGGGAUCAUCAUGUGCGCGGGGGAGAUGCGGCGCCCCUGGAUGCUGAUAUGCCUGGUGAGAACUCCGGGACCAAGGGCGUCGAGUAUCCGAGUCGCUUCUUUGCUAGGGAUUAUGCGGGGAAUAAGUUGGAGUUUAGUCUUUAG